UAGGUGGGCGGUGCUCAGUGGUUUCUCUGGAGAAGCUUGUCUCGCCUUUACUAUGUGUUGUUAUAUAGGCACGCGGAACCGGUGUGUGGAGACUAAUGCCGGCUCGCGCUCUUUCUUCGUAAUCACAAAUUCUGCUCCUCGUUUUCCUCCACGUUUGUUCAAUUACUGUAUUUUGCUCUCUGGUAAGAGAGAUUUAUUUUCCCCUGGAAACUCUCUUUUAGACGGAGUCUACAAAGGCCGUGCAGAUCGCUAACACACGCGGAGAUGUUACUUACGAAGAUAACGCAGUUAUGCACGGGCUCUGGCGGGGAGCAUAUAUCAGGAAAACAAGCCAAGAAGGAGCCUUUUGACAACGUGUACCAGAUUCGGGAUAUUUUGGGAAGCGGGGGGUUCGGGACCGUGUAUGCUGGAUACCGGAUCUCUGAUAAUCUGCCGGUCGCCAUCAAACGCGUGGCCCGAGACAGAGUAUCAGAAUGGGCAGACUUGCCGGGUGGUUGCCGGGUACCGAUGGAGAUCAUGCUGCUGAAGAAGGUGGGCGGUGUCCGUGGGGUGAUAGCCUUGCUGGACUGGUACGAGUUAUCCGAUUGUUUUCUGCUGGUGCUGGAGCGGCCAGAGGUGGCCAAGGACUUGUUUGAUUACAUCACAGAGCGCGGUGCGCUACCCGAGGUUUUGGCAAGAGAUUUUUUCCGCCAAGUGUUGGAAGCCGUGCGCCAUUGCUAUAAAUCUGGGGUGCUGCAUCGGGACAUCAAGGAUGAGAACAUCGUGAUUGACAUGAGAACUGGUGACCUCAAAUUGAUUGACUUCGGCUCUGGAGCCAUUCUGCGAGAUGAAGUCUACACUGAAUUUGACGGUACCCGAGUGUAUAGUCCACCGGAAUGGAUCCGAUGCCACAAGUAUCACGGCAGGUCGGCAGCAGUUUGGUCCCUGGGAAUCUUACUGUAUGAUAUGGUGUGUGGAGACAUUCCUUUUGAACACGAUGAGGAAAUUGUACGAGGUCAAGUUUUCUUCAGACGAAGGAUAACAACAGAGUGUCAAGAUCUCAUUAAAUGGUGCUUGUCCCUGAGACCUUCAGAUCGUCCGAACUUCGAAGACAUCCUAAACCACACCUGGCUUCAAAAUGUCAAUGUUUCUGACGUUGGUGAGAUUCAGCUGCACAGCCUGAGUUUGGAACCAGUGACUGGUACUACAUCCAAAUGAUUUUCUCCUAAACCACAGGAGAGAAGGGAUUGUAUCUGGCAAUACCAGGACACGUGGACAAACAACAUCAGGAGUGGGAGUUAAUGCUUUUUUAAUCCAAAUGUUUUCCAUCCUAGGGCCCAAUGGACCAUGGGUAACCUGACCUGUACAGAGGUCAGGAUAUAUUUGCUCUGCUGUGAGCAUGCUAGACCUAGAGCUGUGUAGUUACCUGCAGUAAACAUGUGUUUUUUUUUUUUUGUCAGAAUACUUUUCAAGUGCCUAACAGAGUACUGAAACAGAUGCAUUUCCCUUUACGUAUGGUUAAAUAGUCUUUUGUGCAGGUGUAAAUGAAGAGUGGACUGGAGUUAUUUAUUUUGAAAAGUCAUUGCCUUCUGUCCUGGUUCCCAUUGCACUUCUCUGACUGCAGUUAUUUGUGUGCACAAACAAUGCAAUUUAAACGGGUGGAAAUUUUUAUUUUUACACAUGUACAUAAUGUAAAGGAGAUGACAUUUUAUGUAUAUUAUGGAAUUGUAUGUAUAUAGUUAUUUAUAUUUUUGUAGAAAAAUGUGCAGAGUAGCAUAUGUACAGAAUUUUUUUGUAAAAAAAAAAUUUCUAUUUGGUUGUAUUUAUUUGAAUAUGGAUGGUUUCUAAGUCUUUUUUUUUUUUUUGUGGAAUUAUUUAUUUACAGCAGUAGUCUGUCAGCAUGUCAAAUGUGAUUUCUGUAAUUUCCUUACAAAUCCCACAAGUUAUUUGCAGAGUAGUAAAAUAUGAAGUCUGGCUUGCUUGUAAGUAACCAGAUAGUUUGAAGCUUUGUGCAGAAUGAGUCUGAUAUGCACAAAGUUUGUUUAUUGUGAAUUGUCUGCUACAUCUCUGCUGGAGGUUUGUAUUCAACACCUGGUUACAGAGCUGUCUCUUAACCUUACUGUACUGCACUGUUGCAGCUUUCUUUUCAUAGUAAAAUUUAAAUUUGAACUUGUUUUAUUUUUAUACUGACCAUUUAAAAAUAAAUGUUUGUUUUGUUUAAA